AUGGGUGAUGCUCAUUUUCAAGAAAAUAGCAGACUAUGCCUGACUUUUACUUCCUCCUCUCCACCUCCUUCAUCUUCCAUUGGUGUUGGUAGAGCUAUUUACCGUCACCCAAUUUUGUUUAGAAACAUUUCCAGUAAAUCUACUGCCUCAUUUCUUUGCAAGUUUACAUUUACCAUCACACCCAAUUUUAUAUCGGUUCCUCCAUUGUUUGGCGAUGGGUUCACAUUCAUUAUCACCUCCAAAUCUAACACACUAGGUGAGGGUUUUGGUUUUAUGGGUCUCUCUAAUCAGAGUAAUAAAGAACAUGGAAUGUAUAUUGCUGUGGAAUUUGAUACUAGGUUUGAUCAUAAUCUUGGAGAUAUUAGUGAUAAUCACAUAGGUAUUGAUGUCAAUUCGGUAUUUACAUAUCCUACUAUGGAUUCAACUCCGUUGGGUUUUGAUUUAAAGAAUGGUAAAAGAACAACGGUUUGGAUUGGAUAUCAAGAUGAGGAGAAAGUUCUUAAUGUUUGGCUGAUUUACAAUGAUUCUAGAAAUUCUAGACCAACUCUCGCUGCUCGUAUGGAUCUCUCGAUCUAUAUUAAUGAGCUCAUGUUCGAGACAAGGGUUAAAGGUGGCCGUCUUGAGAAAGAUGGUGAUGUCUCAAGUUCAUCAUUUGAAGUUGGAUUAGUGGUGAUGUUAUUGGUGACUGCAGCUCUUUUAGUAAAAUUGAUAUCAUCCAUGGGUCUGGUUCUUCGUUCUGCAAUUUACAAGCUCGUUCAUCAAAGUGCAAACCAAACAGCUUCCUCUCUCACUACAAAUACACCUGUUGUAGCAGCUAAGAAUCCCACAAAAAAAGUUGAUGGGAAAAAGAAUAAAGCAAGAAGAGAUGAUAAGCCUAGGUUGCCAGCGGCUGCUCCUGCUCCACGCACUUAUUCUGAGAAAGAAGCUGAAAUCAUGGCAUUUCGUAUUCGUGAGGCCAAGCGUGUUGCAGAGAUGACUACAUCUUUGUCAAAAGGAACAACAGAUAAUGCGCGUGACAAAUACCUUGGUCUUCUCGAAAAGAUGCCAAAACUUCCAUAA